AUGCCCCGCCGUCAGCAAUUGUCCCAAAGACCAGAAGACGGACAGGAAAAUCGACGGGCAGAGAGCCAACCAGUGCGAUCAGUCCAUUCAAGGCUGGGUCCGAAUGCUGGGCGGCAACCUGCACGAGAGCGAUUAGGAGAAAGGGAACCCCGCCGCGUACCGGCAGGGCCUCGAGACCAGGAGACCGGUCGGGAAAGAGCUCGCACUCGGAGAACCAAAACUCGAACGCGACGGACCGAGCGCAUAACGCGCCGUGAUGAUCAACCGGCCGAAUCAGAAGCCGGCGAAAGCACAGAGUCCACCGGAAACCACACUCACAAUGAAGGCGACGUGGCUCAGUUGGCCCGAGAGGUACGAGACCUGAGAGAGCAGAUGAGGGGUAAGUCCAAAUCUCCCGGGCAGACGUUGCUCACCGCUUUACCAUUCUCUUCCGAGAUCAUGUCCUACAAAGUACCCGGCGACUUCAAAUUCCCGGAGCAAGCUACGUUCGAUGGAUCAGGGGACCCGUGCGAGCAUCUACUUGGUUAUCCGGCCAAAAUGCAGGUCUUGGGAGUGCAAGACCUGGUGAUGUGUCGCGCCUUUUUACCCACGCUGAAAGGCUCCGCGCAAAGGUGGCUAGUGGCGCUGCCACCAGAGUCGAUUCACAAUUUCGAGGAGUUGGCCGACUGUUUCAUGAGCCAUUAUGCGGCCAACAUCAAGCCACAGAAGGAUCUGACUCUCCUAGGUGAUGUCCACCAAGAAGAAGGCGAGCCCCUGAAAACCUACCUGGUUCGUUGGCAGAAGGAAAUUCAGUCUAUAGAGGAGGUCGAAGAUCAGACCGCGCUCACCUUUUUCAUCGAAUCUUUACGAUCCGGGCAGUUGUACCGACACCUACGUGACAACCGCCCGGCCAACUACGCGGAAGCCAUACAUAUGGCCAACAAGAGGGCCAACACGGAGCAGGCUAUGAAGCACAAACGACAGCGCGAACUCAGAGGAUCCGCCAGUGGAAAGAGGACGCGAGCUGAAACCAAGGAAAGGCGCCCGGAGGCAACCCGGCGACCCGAGAUCAGACGGCCAUACGACAGGCCCAUCGUGCACCCCUAUCGGCCGGUUCCCGAAUGGCCAGUGCAUGAGAUACAAGCAGUCGCUCCGCCUCCGCCUCCGCCGAUCGAUGACCGCGCAAUAAACGAUGAGGCAGGUAAGACCCUUAAGUACUGUCGUUACCACAAAUCCUAUACUCAUAGCACGGAAGAGUGCUUCUACUUGAAGAAGAUCAUGGAAGGUAUCAUCCAACAAGGAACCCCGCCCCCUAACCAGUGGAGACGUAGAUCGGCGAACCGGGAGGAUCGAGACCCGGCCGCCGCCGCAGAGAACGAUCGGGGUAAGCAGCCGGCUUCCGAAGAGGACGAAGCCCAGUGGCGUCAAAAGCCAGUUAUUAACAUGAUAGUCGGCGGGCCCGAGGGUGGCGACUCGGCGAAUACUAGAAAGGCCUGGGCUCGACAGCUAUACGUCGGGACGGUAUACAGGCGUGAAGAAGGCUCGAAGAAAGCGUGCCAAGAACCGAUCACGUUCACUGACAAAGAUCUACCCGCGGGAGAGACACCGCAUCGGGACGCAUUGGUUAUAGCGAUGGAUGUGAACGGAGUGGUUGUUCGGCGAAUCCUGGUCGACACCGGAAGCAGCGUCAACGUGCUAUACCUCGAGACUUUCACCAAAAUGGGAUUAACACGAGAACAGCUGAACCCCGUCAAAACUCCACUCGCUGGUUUCACAAGGGACUCGGUGGAGGCAGAAGGAUCCAUCACUCUACCAGUCGAGAUUGGCAGUUAUCCCGACGUACAGAAACUCAGUAUGAAGUUCAUCGUGGUGAAUCUGGCCUGUUCGCAUAAUGCUAUACUCGGCCGACCAGGUCUGGAGGAUCUAGGAGCCCUAAUUUCCAUCGAGCACCUUUGCUUGAAGUUCCGCACGCCCAAUGGGAUAGGGACGGUGCGUUGCGACAGGAGAGUCGCCCGCGACUGUUACCUGCAAGCCUGUAGAGGAAUGGGCAAGCGUGAGAUGCAGGUCCAUGAAAUCACGGAAAUACCCCCAAAGAAGACGAUGAUACCUCGCCUGAGCCGGCGGUGGAAUUGGAGGAAGUUGAGAUCGAUCCUGAUCAGCCGGAUAGGCGGGUCCGAAUUGGAGUCGGCCUCCCCGAAGAAGUACGAGAAGAGGUCAUUAGAGUGCUCUGAGAGCACCGGCUGGUUUUUGCCUGGGGUCCGGAGGACAUGCCUGGUGUCGACCGAUCCAUCAUUGCUCAUCGACUCGCCGUAG